GAUAACAAAUUGUUCAACAUUCCAUUUAUAAACAACAUACGGAAUAUAUAGUCUGAUUAUUUUGCAAUUGCGAAGUAUCAAUCAGUCUUCUACUGACUACUCUUCACGUUAAACUAACAUUUGCAGUUCUUAUUUGCGCAAAACAAAGCUAACCUUACGGAAAGCCGUAAUAUUGCGUUAGUUGUCAAAUAAUAUAUAAACUCACCUUGGUCAAUAAUCUACGUGUAUUAUAUUAUUUUUAAUCGGACAUGAAUCACAUCAUAUUUAAAUAAAAUGUCCCACGAAGAUUUCCAAAGAUGGAUCAACGAGGUGAUGCCAAAGAUCAUCGAGAAUCUUGGACCAAAUGUCGAAAAAGUACGAUAUGAACUACGCGAAACUACAGGCAUUUUUAUGAUAUCCAAUAUAUAUCGUGUACAUCUGCACUUUAAAAACAAGAUAAGCGGACAGAACGAAGAAUUGUCUAUGGUACUGAAAAGACCCAUGCCGGGCUUUAACGAGAUAACUCACAUCGAAUUUCACAACGAGAUCCUGUUCUAUCAGAUAUACAUUCGACCGGACGAGACCUACGCGAGAUGCUUCUACGCCAAAGAAGAACCACCCAUCGACUCUGUAAUCGCCUUAGAAAAUGUUAACGGACGAGGAUAUUAUCCUUGUCCACAUGUAUAUAAUCCUCCAUUGGAUUACACAUUAGCUGCGAUACGCGAGUUGGGAAGAUUUCAUGGCAAAGGAUAUGUCAUGAAGGAGAUGCAGCCAGAAAAGUUCUUCGACAUCGUGGCGCGAAUUCAAGAAGUUAGAUACACAAAGAGGGCGGAGAAUAUAUACGAGUUUAUAGCCAACAUUCAGUCGGUACGCGUGGUAGAAUAUCUUCGCAGUCAAGGCCAUGAUACAGUUUUCUGCGAUAAGAUGGAAGCCUUAUUUUCGAACUCGUUCGACGAAGUGAUGAUGAAGACGGUGCAGCCACUGGAACCGUUAGCCACGUUGUGUCACGGUGAUUUUACGUUGAAUAAUAUUCUCUUCAAGACAGAAGGCGAUGGACAAUAUCGCCCGAUGUUAAUUGAUUUCGCGCUUAUCAGAUACUCGACGCCCGUUAUCGAUCUUUCGACGCAUCUUUUUCUGUGUUGUUCGAAUGAAAUAAGAAAAAACAAAUUUUCCGAGAUCAUGAGAGCCUACUAUGACGCGCUAAAGGAGUAUCUGUUGGACGCCGGCAUUCAGGACAUUGAGAAGUAUUCGUACAACGCUUUGUUAGAUGAUUUUAGUAGAGGUGCUCUCUUCGGUUUCAUGCUUAUGCCCUCUUUUCUAUCGGUAUUACUAGGACAUGUCAGUCCAGAAACAAUAAGAAAAGAAAUAUUAGAUUUAGGAGCUUUAGAAAGUGCAAAGAAGAUGAAAUACGCUGGCGGAGACAAAGUAUCUAAAAUACUAGCUGAUGCAUUACUACAUCUGAGAGAUCUUGGCUGUCUGAAAUAUUUCUUAUAGUCGCGCGAUAUAAUUUUGAUAUAUAAAAUAUGUUGUUAAACUAUAUUGUAAAAAAAAACAGCACACAGGUUUAAUAAUAAAUAGUUUUUAUGUUGUGGUUCAUCAAAGGUGUAAAAUACGUUUUCUAUAACAUACAAUGUCCAAUUAAUGUUAUUUUAUACCUUUUACAACGCACCAAUUUUAUUUUAUAUAUGGAAUUCAUAUAUGAAAUUUAACCAAAAAUUUUCGAAGAAUCUUUUCUAAAAAUUUUUUAAAAAUUUAUUUCGGAAAAGCUUUAAAACAGACUUUGAUGCGUACUCAAGUAAUUUUGCGAUGACAGAAGUAACUCAAUAUGCGACGUGCGCAAUUGCAACGUGGCCAAUUGCAACGCGCGUGAUCAACCGCACGAUAGCAAUUGUAGGUGAACUACAUGGAUUAUGUUAAUUACAAGAACACGUAGUUUUAUCGAUGCGGCUGACAUCGGCCGUACCGAUUAAGUUUAUAAUAAUAAAAGCAUAAUACAUUUUUUUUCACAAUAUAAUUUAUCUUUAAAUAUUUCUCUAUAACUAUAUAAUCUUUGGUAUAAAUGUUCUAAAAUUUACAUUCGUAUGAUUAUAAAAUUAAAUUUACUUCUAGCUUGCUUUCUUUUAUCCAACCUCCGUGGUCUUCCUUUUACAGGAAACAUCUUACGUGUCGACAACAUCUAACAUGACACGUAAUUAGUCGAUCGUGUUUGUCACAUUUCUAUCUGUUCUGUAUGUUAGAACAAAUAAAAUUAGAUUUUUGUAAAAAUGUUAUUUUGUUUUCCUACUAAGACUUUCAUUUGUUAAAUAAUUUGUUUAUGUAGCAUUUAUUGGCCAGCAUUAUAGGUAUAUACAGUCCUUUGUAACUUCUAAGUUUACAACAUAAAAUAAAUGUAAUCAUGAAAAGAAUGUGUGUAUAUUAUAUAACAAAUAAUAAAACAAAUAUGUAUGUUACAUCAAUAUACGCAAUAUUUACACUUAAUAUAUCGAUUCUUAUAUUGUUAACAUAAAUAAUAUCUAAUAAUAAUUAAAUAACUAGUCCCGAAGGAAGCACUCUAGUUAACAUUAGAGUACGAGACUGUCAACACUAGUUUAAUUGUUUAGAGAUUUUAAUAAAUAUAUAUUAAUAAA